AUGGAGGAAGGCAUCGUCUCCGGAUUGCCCUCCGAACCACCACCACUUCCUUACUCGUUGCAUACCCGGAAAAGGGCCAUCGCGAUCUUUUGGACAAUCUUCGUUAUCGAUACUUUGGGUCAGCCGCUGAUCUUGUACUGGACAUUAUGGUACCUCACCGAUCUUUCGCAUAACCUGGUGUUUUCCAUCGUCACCGCUUGUUUGGGCGGUGUCUCCGUGUUUGAAUACUUCUACCGAUUGUACAAGCUGCGUCGCAAGAGUUCGCGCGCUCGACCAUUGAAUGCUAAGUCAUCAUGGUUGGACUUUUUCCACAUCAACUUCACCAUCGUGUGGCUCAUUCUGGCCGUUGAGCUGAUCGUCGGAACCGUACCUACAGAACCAUAUGUGCGCCUUGUCGCCAUGGUUCUCCCGACAGUCAUGUUCUACUUUGGCUUCGUCCACCUAACCCUCGAUAUCCUCCGCAUGAUGGGGUACAAAGCGCCCUUCCGAAUCUCCUCCACCCCGAAAGGAUCCGUGAUGCCGACUGCACUAUACGCGCUGAUCGAGGACGUGGUAGCGGUUGAUGGGGGUGGAGGUCAAAUAUAUCGAUAUGCGUUGCGGACCCGAUACCUAUCAAGCCCGUACUUCCGACGAAUGCUUUUCGAAAUGAAUUGCUUCUGGAGCGGCGGGUCUAUCAUAUUCGCCGCAGUCAUUACUGCUAUCAUUUUUACGGUCUCGGAACCCGUUGCAUUCACUCUGGGCUGGGCCCUGCCAUUUGCUUGGGCCGGUGUAUGGACAUUGAUCACCAUUCCUUGGGUCCAGAGUGACUUACGCCGUGAGAAAAAAGCUUGGGCCGAGAAUCGCGGACAGGGAGGGAUUCGGUACGUCGACGACAUUACCGCACCCACUGCGCGCACCCGUUUCGCAUCGGUUCAAGAAGCCCUUCCCAACCUUCUACCCUGGGUCCGAGAAAAGCAAGCUCCUCCAUCGGCGCCAUUUGCCGAGGGUGCUGUGGGAACUACCCCUGCCCAUAAAGCUGAAAGCAUGCCGGACAGCACUCCGGAGGCCACCUCGGCGGGCAAUUCACCUGGCCCUGCAAGUACCACACGCGACGGUGGAGAUGAGACGGUUCGGCCCUCCGGGGAAGCACAAGAUAGUGCUGUCACGGAACCGGCCAACACAAAUACCUCAUCUACCGACGAAAAGAAGUAA